AAUGCCAUCUGCAAAGUCGAAGAAAGCGCGCAUCGUCACGCCGACAAGUCGGACUUUGCAUGAAUUCUUUACUGCCAAACCAAUCUCGUCAACCCCAUCCAAGCCACAAGCCAAUUUUUUAUCUAAAACUGCUAAAUCUAGUCCCUGCUCUCGAGACUUAUCUCAGCAAGAGAUCAUUGUGAUAGACUCUGACUCCGACGACGAACCAGAGGUCCUCGAUACAAAAACCCCUCUCAAGCGUCGCAAGCUCAGCCCGAAGAACGCUGACAACUCCUUCAACAGAAAACUUGGACAACCUUCGAAGUUAAGACCUCUUGAACGCAUCCCCAGUCCAUCAGCGACGAAAGAGAAUUCUGGGCCCGGCUCUUACGAAGGCGGUUCAUUCCAUGUUUUCAAGAAAGAGGAUGUAGCCUCGUUUGGAGAGCCAAUUCUUCUGCGCUCUGCUGACGCCAAGAUCGCGAUUGCACACAAUACGCCAGCUUCAAUGUUCGGAAAACCCCUUCUCAUGUCCGCCUUCCGUGAUACAGAAUCUGAGGCAAAAGCCCCUCUUUCCAGAAUGUCUGUCGUCGAAGACACGCAGGUCGUGAAGAAAGACGUAAUCGUGGACAUUAAUCUUACGUUGGACAACUGGGAGAAUGGUGAUGAUGAAAUGUCCUACGAAUCUCUCAACCAGGUAGACGAAGAUGGCACAGAAGCAGCUUGCCUUUUGUCUGCCAUUGAAGUAGGGUCUUCCAGUGACACUAAAAACGUCGUCCACCUCAAGGAUUUGGUCGAACAUGAUUGGGUCAUGGAAAUACCUGACGAUACUCAAAUACCUGAGACAUUAGGGGUGCUAGAGUCAGCCAAAGUAUUUCCUGGCCCUCCUUCAACUGAUAUAUCGGACCAAACCAGUUGUGAUGUGAAAACUAAGAUAAGUGGGAGUAAUGCGUUUUCUUUCUUGAUGUCUUCAUUCAAAGAGAACGCGGAAUGGAAAGAAGCUUCACUCGCAGAAGACAAAUCGUUUCGACCAGUCAAAGCCAAUGGCGACCGUCGGAAAGCUCCAUUUUACAAGGUCCUACAAGGAAUGCCUAUCGCCGUGGACGCGUUUAGAUAUGGGGCGAUACCAGGAGUGACAGCAUAUUUCUUAAGGCAUGCUCAUUCCGACCACUAUACGAACCUAUCCUCGAAUUGGAAGAACGGUCCAAUUUAUUGUUCAGAAGGCACCGCGAAUCUGAUUGUACAUAUGCUCUCUGUUGACCGUAAAUGGGUGCACCCUCUGCCCAUGGACACCCCUACGCUCAUUCCCAACACGAAUGGCGUAACUGUUACACUUAUAGAGGCCAAUCACUGCCCUGGGUCCUGUCUCUUCUUAUUCGAAGGCCCUCAAACUGUCAACGCAGGAGAUAGCGCUUUCAAGUCCUCGUUCGUAGGUUCCUCCAAGACUUUCCGGUAUCUUCAUUGUGGCGACUUCCGCGCUUCUCCUCGGCACAUUCUGCACCCCGCAGUUCGUGGCAAAACCAUAGACCAUGUUUACCUUGAUACAACGUAUCUUGACCCCAAGUACACCUUCCCACCGCAGCCUCUCGUUAUAUCAGCAUGUGCAGAACUCGUGAAGAAAAUAACGAACGGCCAAGCCUUAGACAGGGCUUCGAGUAUGCUGUCAUGGGUAACGAGCUCCAAGGGCAAAGGCAAGCAGAAGGAGACAUCUAAACUUUUGGUUGUUGUUGGCACGUAUUCUAUCGGAAAAGAACGGAUCGUUAAAGCAAUCGCCCAUGCUCUCAAUAGCAUGGUUUAUUGUGACUCGAAGAAAACUGCUAUUCUGAGAUGCCAGGCAGACCCAGAGUUGGAUGCCCUGUUAACUACCGAUCCCUUGGAGGCCACCGUUCACCUGGUACCGUUAGCCACGAUUGCGACAGAUCACCUACGGGGAUAUCUGGAUCGCUUCCAAGGAUUUUUUGACCGGGUUAUCGGGUUCAGACCCACUGGUUGGAGAUACACGCCUGCGGCGGGUAGCGACCAGUUUCCCUCUAUACCUGCCGUCAUUUCCAAGUCCUCUCAGCAGAACUUUACGUGGGCGGAUCUCAAGCUGUCGGCGAAGUCAACAGCGUCGCUACAGCUAUAUCCAGUUCCUUAUUCCGAGCAUUCCUCAUUUUUUGAGUUGACGUGCUUUGCAAUGUCCUUCAGCUGGGUGAAGAUGAUCGCCACAGUCAACGUGGGGAGUGAAUCAAGCAGAGGUAAAAUGGCCAAAUGGGUGGCCAAAUGGGAGUCAGAGAGAAGGAAGAGAGGAAAGGACACCAUUGUACCCCAUCGCCAUCCAGACUACUGGUG